AUAGAAAUCCAAGACAAGAAAUAAGAGGGUGGUACUUGAGUCUGAACCAACCGAACACUGCUGGUGGGCCAAGUUCUCAACAGAGUCAUGUUAACACCUUUGAUUUCUCCAUGACCUAAAGAUUCCAAAGUUUGAAACAAACGGCUGAAAUGGGAGGAGGAGGAAAGGAAAGGGGAGGACAGCCUGAUAUAAAUUCACUAUAUUAAGUUCUAAAGUCACUAUAUAAUUUUUACUAUUAUCUAAAGCCAAUCAGAGGAAGGAAGGCAAGCAAGCGACUUGGCCCUGUCCAGGUGAGGCUCUGUCUUUGUCAAGUCAGGAGGAAAGCGCAGGUAAACUAACUUUAGACAAACACUCCCAGACCCUCACAACAGGCACGGCUGUGUGCCGCUAGAGCAGAGGCUGAUUCAACACUCAGUGCAUGGGCUCGCAGUGCCACUUCUGGAAAAUAAUGAAUUGGGUAAGGAACGGUUAAUAAGAAACUGUGCCUUGCUAACUGUGCACAUUACAACAAAGAGCUGGCAGCUCCUGAAGGAAAAGGGCUUGUGCGCUGCCGUUCAAACUUGUCAGUCAACUGGUGCCAGCAGCCUCAGCGUCUGCCUGCCCAGCACACCCUCAUCACAUGUGUCUGUCUGGCCUGAUCUGUACAUCUGCUCGGAGACACUCCUGCCCAGUCGGGGAUUUCUGCUUUUCUCCACCAGUGCUAAGAGUGGAUUUUUCCCUGCGUCUCCUCUGUUACCUCCUCUGCUCUCCCCAAGGAGGCUCCAGCUUUAUGGUAGCUUUGGACUUCCUCCACCGCCUGCCUGUCCUUGCCUUCUAGAAUGGAAGAAGCUGAGCUGGUGAAGGAAAGACUUCAGGCCAUCACAGAUAAAAGAAAAAUACAGGAAGAAAUCUCACAGAAGCGCCUGAAAAUAGAGGAAGAAAAACUAAAGCACCAGCAUUUGAAGAAAAAGGCUUUAAGGGAGAAAUGGCUUCUGGAUGGAAUCGGCAGUGGAAAAGAACAGGAAGAGAUGAAAAGGCAAAAUCAACAAGACCAGCACCAGACCCAGGUUCUGGAACAAAGCAUCCUCAGACUUGAAAAAGAGAUCCAAGAUCUCGAAAAGGCUGAACUGCAAAUCUCAACUAAAGAAGAGGUCGUUUUAAGGAAACUGAAAUCAAUUGAGAGGACAACAGAAGACAUAAUAAGGUCUGUGAAGGUAGAAAAGGAAGAAACACCAGGAGAGUCAAUUGAAGACAUCUAUGCUAAUAUCCCUGACCUUCCAAAAGCCUAUGUACCUUCCAGAUUAAGGAAGGAAAGAAAUGAUGGAAUAGAAGAUGAUGAACAAAAUAGAAAAGGUAUAAGAGAAAUCUAUCUCCAAGGCAGGUUCUCAAAUUCAGAUUUUUGUAGUGUCAAAUAUUAGCAAUUUGCUAUGACAUCCUGUGCUUCCAAGUUAAGCAAUGGUUCAUUGUACAAAGUUCUAGGAGGUAUGUGAGUCACCUGCAUAGGUAGGGAUAAGUGGGUUACGGUAUUGAUUCUAUGUAUUUUAUUCCCUAUCACACUAGAUAGGCUCAGAGAUGAUAAAGGCCUAAAGGAGACAAGAAGCUCUGAAAAGCAAAGCUCCCUUGCUUAAAAAUCUCUCUCCAACAUAUUCCAUCUAG